AUGGCAUCAAAGAAUGUCUUUGCCGUAUUUGUAUGCCUGCUGGUGACAAUGGCCACCCUAAUGGAUGUCACUGGAGGAAUGUCAACAAUGGAGAGAAGAGGUCUAAGGGAUCAAGUCGUCGAGAUGUUUAACCAUGCCUACUCUUCUUACAUGAAACAUGCAUACCCUGCAGAUGAAUUAAUGCCUUUGAGUUGCAAGGGACGAUAUCGUGGCCGAGAGCGAUCACGGGGAGACAUAGAUGAAUGUAUGGGCAAUUUUUCUCUAACCCUGAUAGACUCCUUGGACUCUUUAGCUAUUCUUGGGCAGUUAGAUGAAUUUGAAAAUGCAGUACGACUUGUGAUUAAAAACACCAAGUUUGACAGUGACGUAGUGGUUUCUGUAUUUGAAACUAACAUCAGAGUUUUAGGAGGCCUUCUUGGUGGACAUGUAGUGGCCAGUUUUUUGAAGAAGAAACGGAAAGGAAUGCUCUGGUACAACAAUGAAUUGCGAGACAUGGCUAGAGAAGUGGGCAUGCGAUUACUUCCAGCAUUUAAUACAACUACGGGUAUUCCUUAUCCUAAGGUGAAUUUGUUACAUGGCAUUGAUGCUGAUCUGAGAAGUCGACAUAAAGACACAUGUACUGCUUGUGCAGGAACAAUUAUUCUGGAAUUUGCCGCCCUCAGCCGGCUCACAGGUGAAAGUAUAUUUGAGGAGAAAGCACGGAAAGCCAUGGAUUAUUUGUGGCAGCAGCGGCAUCGAGUGAGUGAUUUGGUUGGGACUGUGAUUAAUAUUCAUAAUGGUGAUUGGGUGAGGAGAGAAAGUGGAGUUGGUGCUGGCAUUGAUUCCUACUAUGAAUACGUGUUAAAAGGUUACAUUUUGCUGGGUGAUAACACUUAUCUCGAAAGAUUUAAUAAGCAUUAUGAUGCUGUGAUGAAAUAUAUCAGUCAGGGUCCUUUGCUGGUUGAUGUACACAUGCAUAAACCCCAAUCAACAUCAAGGAACUUUAUGGAUUCUCUUCUGGCUUUCUGGCCAGGGCUUCAGGUUUUAAAAGGAGAUCUUAAACCUGCCAUUGAAACCCAUGAAAUGUUAUUCCAAGUUAUCAAGAGACACAACUUUUUACCUGAAGCCUUUACCACAGACUUCAGGAUUCAUUGGGGUCAGCAUCCUCUAAGACCUGAAUUUGUAGAGUCAACAUAUUUCCUUUACAAGGCAACCAAUGAUCCCUACUAUCUGGAAGUGGGCAAGAAAGUAAUAGAGAACCUCAAUAAACAUGCUCGGGUUCCUUGUGGUUAUGCCUCCAUCAAGGAUGUUACAAUUGGAAAUCAUGAAGACCAAAUGGAUUCUUUUGUUCUGGCUGAGACAUUCAAAUAUUUGUAUCUUUUAUUUGCUGAAGAAGGAGAUUCCAUAAUUAAUGUAGAUGAUUAUAUUUUUACGACAGAAGCCCAUCUCCUUCCUUUAACUUUGUCCAUUUUCAACUCAUCUCGACAUAAUUCUAAAAUUCGACGAGAGUCUUAUCAGAAGAUCAAAAGUGAUCAGAAGAAAUACAAGAAAUCCCCUCCUCCAACUCGUGCAGACAAGCAGACCUGUCCUAAUCUUCGCUACCUUCACCGAGGCGAGCCAAACUAUGCCCACUCAGUGAGGGAGCAACUGAAGGAUAUGGUGGAAAACAUCAGUCCCAAGCCAAAAAAUAAUCGACGUCGAUUUCGGGCCAUUGACUUUAUGGCUGGUAAUAAGGAACAGCUUGAGAUUCUGGGUCGAAUGGGCAUUCGUUUGAUGACAAUGACUGAUGGCCGCAUACAGCUUCUGCACACAGCUUCAGAGCAAGAAUUCGUUAUACUCCAUUCUCCUCUGCAAGAUCUUUAUGCUGCCUCACCUAUGGAUGCAGAAGAUGGAAUGAAAUUUAUGCAAGAAAUGAUAGAACUUUCGAAAAAUCAGCAUAAUGAAGCUCAACAUGAGCCUCUCAUUGUUCAACUCCUUCCUCCGGCUGGAGAUGAAAAUACCGUGUUAAGUGCUGGACCAGCCCAGUUUGGAUACAACCUAAAAAACUCAUCUCCAAUCCAAGGCCAACUGGUGAUUGCAGACCCUUACAAAGCAUGUACACCUUUGACUAAUGCUGAAAGUAUCAAGGGUUAUAUUGCAAUUUUGGAAAGAGGAGAUUGCAUGUUUAUUGAAAAGGCAUCAAAUAUUGAAGCAGCUGGAGCUAUUGGUGGGAUUGUCAUUGACCACAAUCAUGGAAGCAGCAGUGAUACCUCACCAUUAUUUGCCAUGUCAGGGGAUGGCCACCGUGAUGUCGGUAUUCCACUUGUGUUUCUUUUUCACAAAGAAGGGCAGAAAUUACUUGAAACCCUCAGUGAAAAUUACAGCCUAGAAGUCUUAUUGGCACUUGACCCUCGACCUUCAGCAUCCCAGACGAAGACUCCUACAGAUGUUCCCCCAAAAAUGACCCCAGCAGUUGGCACGAAUCGACCACGAAAGACAUUCCAGCACCUCAAAACCAUUCAGUCCUUCCAGACUCCACCUCAUGCAAUAAAGGCUGAAGAAUUCCUCUACCAGCCUGCAAUGGACAGGAAACCGGAACGGACUAACUUUCCCCAGUUGGAUUUACAAAGUCAGUAUCUACGAGCUAUUACGAGGGUCCUGGAAGCAGCAUAUUUCAAUUUUGGCAAGUUGGACGCCAGUGAGAAAGUUGUGCUUGACCAGCUGGCCUUUGAGCUGAUCAUUAUAAAAGAUGAACCACCGUUUGGUAUGAAGGAGAAGAGUGUUGCCGAUGAAUCCAAUACACAUACUCAGAAGGAAGAUGGGGUUGAGAAAGAGACUGGAAACAGAGAGAAGGAGCAAGACACAGAAGGCCUCUCUCAGGAACAAGACACUCAGAUCAAUAUUGAACCUAAUACUGAAAAUUCACAAAGUGAUAAUGAGGGUAGUAGCAGUUCCCAAGAUGGGGAGAACGUAGCUGAACCACACCUUUGGUUAAGGAUCCUAUCUGAAAACAGUAAAAAUGAUAAUGGAGUUUAUUUUGAUAAGAUGGAAAGAAAAACAGAUGUGACGGAAAAUAUAGAAGAAGCGGAUCCCGAUGAGAAUGAGAAACCUGAAGAUAUUCAGCUGCCGAGUUUUCCAUUUGGGGAGGGUGAUGCUGGGCAGCAAGAACAGUCUUGUCCACUUACUAUUUCUCUCUCUCUCUCUCUCUCAGUCUCACUCAUUUACUAUUUCUCUCUCUCUCUCUCUCUCCCUGGCCUAUUUCUGGAAAUUUCUAAGUUUCUUGAUGGCGCAUUUUCUUUCAUUCUCUUUUUUCUUCUGCUUUUUUUUCUCUUAAUCAUUCUUUCUUCCUCUCUUCAUUUAUUAUGGAACUUUUCGCGUUUCAUUCGAUUUUUUUCUUUUCUCAUUAUUUUCAUUCCUUUUCUCUAUUUACUCAGCUAUGACAUUCUUUCUUUCUCUUUUACUCAUUUUUACUUAUUAUUUUUCUUUCUUCUCUAUCAUACAUUCUUUCUUUCUUUGAUAUGCAAUCUGUUUUUUUUUCUUAAUAUUCCUUUCUUUCUUUCUUUCUUUCUUUCUUUCUUUCUUUCUUUCUUUCUUUCUUUCCUUUCCUUUCCUUUCCUUUCCUUUCCUUCUCUGUUACGGGCUGAUUCUUUCUUUUUUUCUUUCUUUCUUUUGUGGAUAUGCAUUUUUCUUUUAUUUUUCUUAAUAUCUCCACACUCUUUGCAUGUUGAUUUAUUUUUUCUUCUCUGUCACGCAUACAUUCUUUCUUUCUUCUUUGCUACAAAUUCGUUCUUUCUUCUCCGCUAUGCAUUGCUUCUUUCUUUCUUUCUUUCUUUCUUUCUUUCUUUCUUUCUUCUCUGCUACGAACUACCUGUUUCUUUCUUCUCUACCAUGGAUUCUUUCUUUCUUUCUUUCUUUCUUUCUUUCUUUCUUCAAAGCGUCAGUUGUCUCUGUUUAUUUUCUUUCCUUCUUUUCUCUAGAAUCUUCUCCAUUUCUUUAUUUAGUUCUGAUCACUUCUCUUUCUCCUUUCCUCAAAAGAGUCGACAUCGUUUUUUUCUUUAUCAAAGAAACUUCGGUAAUAUUUUUUGCAUUUAUCAUUUCUUUCAUAUUAUUUCUUUGGUCUUUUGUAUGCAUUGCUUCUCUUCUUUCUUUCUUUCUUUCUUUCUUUCUUUCUUUCUUUCUUUCUUCUGUUACAGGCUCUUUUUUGUUUUAUGUUUCUUUCUUUCUUCUCUGUUACGGAUUCUUUCUUUUCCUUUUUCUUUCUUUCUCUCUUUCUUUUAUCUCUUUUAA